AUGAGACGACCGACUCCUCUCCCAACCUCUUCCGUUUCCGGUCCUUUCCGUAAAAAUCAUGGGAUCCCCACAAAUACUCCGACUCCCCCACUGGACUUUACAAACGCUCGACAACUUGAAGAUCGAAUACAGGCCCGAAGAAAGAUGGUUGCGGAUUACUGCAAGAGGCACAAAGCCAGUGACUCUCUAUUUGGAACUAAUCUCCGCUAUUUUCUGGUCUUUCGGAAGAGAAAAGUUAUCUAUUGUUUUGUCCCGAAAGUUGCAAGUACGCAAUGGCAGAAAGAACUCUUCGUUUUGAAAGAGGAAGAUGAGGAAAUGUCUCGUGAUGCAAACGUUACCGUAGCUAAGAACAACUUGAAUUACUUUUCUGAGCAAGAAGCACGGCAAAUGCUGAAGAGUUAUUUCACGUUCCUGUUUGUUCGCGACCCGAUGGAACGCAUACUUUCAGCUUACAAAGACAAGUUACUAGAAGACAACAAAAUUUUCCGACGCGCAAUUGGCAGAAAAAUCAUUGCACGAUUUCGGCCAAAUGCUACUCAACAUGCCCUCGAAACAGGGAGUGUUGUUACGUUUCCAGAAUUCACGAAUUUUUUGCUGCAAACAAAAGAGUACGAUGAACACUGGAGACCAUUUGACAACCUUUGCCAUCCUUGUGCAAUUAACUUUGAUUUUAUUGGACAUUACGAAGAUCUCGCUGAGGAAGCUCCUUAUUUGGUAAAAAAGGCGGGAAUUGACGACCGCGUUUCGUUCCCUCCUGUUCGCGCGUCGAACACCACCGCUGACCUGUUACAAUAUUAUUCACAAAUUCCUAAUACGAAAAUCUUGCAGUUAGCAAAGAUAUACGAAAACGACUAUAAAAUGUUUAACUUUCCAUUCCCAGGUAAACUGGCAAAGCUCUUUGAUUCUGAGGAAAGCUGA